GCGGUGUGAACGUUUGGCUAACGCGGAUUGUCCUCAAGUUUUUCCACAGUGAAUUUUAUCUAACGUGUUGAACGGAAGCCGGCCGAUGCGCACAUCUCGUUGCCGCAUCCCGUUUCACUCGGCCCUCCGCCAAUCGCCUCCGACCUCCGACCAAACGGACCUCUACACCUCAAUUCUCCCUCAGUCUUACUGUAGGCGGCGCGACGCACGGACGUACGCGACUGUCGCUCGGUAUUCGUUCGCGAGCUUUCGAAUUUUACCUGUGGAUUGUCAGUGACAUGUGUCUAUAAAAAAUACAUUAUAUAAACAUUGUGGAUUUUUUUCUGGAUUAACACUGCCCUGUUUCGAGUUCCGGGAAAAUCGCAACAUAUCAUAUUCAAGGUUUUAGUUUUUGGAUUGCAGUGAAGAGCUUACUGAUUUGUUUAUGUGUUGUCGCAGUUCUAGUAAAGAUACCAACAUCGCUUCGAAUUUGCAAGAACUAAGCUGUAACAAGGACUCGAGCUAAAGAAUAUGGACGAUAAAUCAUGCUCAAUGAGCGCUUGGAAAUGAAACAAAAAACGAGAAAGAAACUAUUCAAACAUAAACGAACCCAGGCCAAGUUAUAGCCACAUUUACCAAAGUCAUGUGAAGUUUAUUUUCACCACUGAAACUGUCAUAUCGAAAAAGCAUAUCUUGUGACAAUCGUUAAACACGAAGACAUAUCUCAUUAUUAAUGCUAGUCACCCUUUUGUGAUUAUAGAUAGUGUAAACUUUAUUGCUCAAAUUCUAUAAAGAAGAUUUUUUGAUUUAAAACGUCAUAGAUUUAAAUGAAGAUAAGACUAAAGUAUUCAAGUUUCGAAAAAUGUAUUGAGUGAAUCAAAUAAACAAAGAACUUUAAGCAGUCUGUCUGUAUCUUGGAAAUAAGUUUUGAGAAGAAUGAAAUACUACAGCAUGUUUUUCUUAAGGAGGCGGACUUUGAUAUUGAAGGCUGUACUCAUACUAACAGCAAUAUGGUUUAUGGUCGCAUUGUUGACUACUAAUGGCGGUUCAAGGAAUGCGAUCGUUGCGCCAGCGAUCGAAUAUGUCGAAGCGGAGGCGAAGCCCUUGAAGAUGGGAAAGCCCACGUCUACAAAAAAGAAAAGUGAAAACUACGGGAAUAAUUUAUCUGAUGGGCUAGGUGUGAUCGCUGCACCGGGCUCGGACAACGCACCCGGAGAACUGGGUAAACCGGUCGUUCUACCAAAGAAUAUUAGCGAAGAAGCCAAGUUGGCCGUCUCGGAGGGAUGGAAAAAGAACGCGUUCAACCAAUAUGUCAGUGACCUGAUAUCUAUUAGGAGAAAGCUGCCGGACCCCAGGGACGAGUGGUGCAAAGUUCCCGGCAGAUAUUUAGAAGACCUACCACAAACAUCCGUAGUAAUUUGCUUCCACAACGAGGCGUGGUCGGUGUUACUUAGGACCGUUCAUUCCGUAUUAGAUCGGUCGCCGGCACACUUGAUCAAGGAAAUUAUUCUAGUUGACGACUUUUCUGAUAUGCCUCAUUUAAUGCAGCAACUUGAUGAUUAUAUGUCAUCGCUACCAAAAGUUCGAAUAGUUAGAGCAACUCGGCGCGAAGGGCUCAUCAGAGCACGACUCCUCGGUGCUCGAUACGUUACUGCUCCGGUUCUAACUUAUCUCGACAGCCAUUGCGAGUGUACUGAAGGAUGGCUUGAACCAUUACUAGAUAGAAUUGCUCGUAGUAAGACUACAGUAGUCUGCCCCGUAAUCGACGUCAUCGACGACAAUACCCUAGAGUAUCAUUACAGAGACUCAUCUUCUGUCAAUGUUGGUGGUUUCGACUGGAAUCUCCAGUUCAAUUGGCACCCUGUUCCUGCAAAAGAAAGAGCGAGACACCAACAUACAGCGGAGCCCGUAUGGUCUCCCACUAUGGCCGGUGGCCUCUUUGCCAUAGAUAAAGAGUUCUUUGAAAAAUUAGGAACAUACGAUAGCGGAUUUGAUAUUUGGGGCGGUGAAAAUCUAGAGCUGUCGUUCAAAACGUGGAUGUGCGGUGGAACUCUAGAAAUAGUUCCGUGUUCACACGUCGGUCACAUAUUCAGGAAACGUUCACCAUACAAGUGGCGGACAGGUGUCAAUGUACUGAAGAGAAACUCUGUUCGUUUAGCUGAGGUAUGGCUAGAUGAUUAUGCGAAGUACUAUUACCAGCGUGUUGGAAAUGAUAAGGGUGAUUAUGGUGACAUCACUGGACGGAAACAAUUGAGAGAAAAAUUGGGAUGCAAAUCGUUCGAGUGGUAUUUGAAAAACAUUUAUCCUGAACUGUUCAUUCCCGGAGAAUCUGUCGCUCACGGAGAGAUCCGAAAUGUCGCCUUCAAAAAGAUCUGUUUGGACUCUCCAGCGCGCAAGUCAGAUCAUCAUAAGCCAGUCGGACUUUACCCAUGUCAUCGGCAGGGAGGAAAUCAGUAUUGGAUGUAUUCCAAGAAUGGCGAGAUCCGACGUGACGAGACGUGUCUGGAUUAUUCUGGACAUGAUGUUGUUUUGUAUCCUUGCCACGGUGCCAAGGGUAAUCAGUUGUGGAUCUACGAUGCUCACCUGAAGUUGCUGAAGCAUGGCUCAAGUGAGAAAUGUAUGGCAGUAUCAAGGAAUAAAGACAAGAUCGUCAUGGAGACCUGCAGCGAGUCGGAACCAAGGCAGAUGUGGAGUAUGGAAAACUUCAACCCCAGCAGAUUAGCGCCAGAGCUGACACAAGCCGAGUAGCCGGAGGCUUACCUAGAAGUGCUGUUCAUAUAAACAGCAUAAAGACAAUGAGAAUAUCGUGACUGUGACAUAGUGUUAAUUCAAUGGUUCACUUGUUGUCUGAUGCAAUGAAUGCUUGUAGUUAAACGUGUUUUUGUAUAGUGUGAAACGCUACAAGCUGUUUAGACUAUAAGGCUUCACCAUAUACACAGGCUUGUUGAACGAUUCGCGAUAGAGGAAUUGGUGUGAUUUUGGCGACAUCAUAGCACGUUGAAGUAGCAAUGUCAAUUAAAAGAAAUUAACAUUGCUAAAAAUGCACACUUGCUAUAGUGCUGCCAUCUGUAUUAGCGAACUUAGCAUUCUCUAUUGCUGAUAUGAACCCCGUUGAACUCGGCCUAUUAACGACUGAUGUGUUCGAUUUUAGUUUCGCUUGAAUGUCAUUUGUUUAGUUCCUACGGAUUCUGUGUGAAUUAUUACGAGUAUAGAGAAGUGAAUUUGUGGAUGGUGGAAAUUUUGAGUUAGUUUUCGAGAUAUAUGUAACUGUUAUAAUGAUGGUGCUUGCCUUUGUUCGUCUUGCGGAAGAUCGUUAUUUAUUACUUCUUCUAAAAUUGUUAUCCCUAGCUGUUGUUGGAAAUCAGCGUUUUAUUUUAUUUCUAGGUACUUAUAUAUUUUUUCCUAUGCAAUUGUUAUUUUACUUGGAAACUUACUAAAUUAUACAUAUCUCUUCUUAAAGAAAACAUUGAUUGAUAUUUUCAACUAGAAUGAAUGUUUUUGCGGUCUUUUUAUAAAUUUUAAAGUGUUUUAUGUAAAAUUAAUGUUGUAAUAGUAUUCUUUAUCGAGUAUUAACUUACUGGUUAGGAUUUAGUAUAGAUGUUAACUGUACAUAUCUUUCAUAUCUGUACGCUUCGACAGUUAUUACGAUUGCAUGAAUUACAAUAUGGACAACCCAAAAAACGAGUCUGGAACUUGAAUAGAGAAUAUUGGUCGUCUUGAGAUUUUUAUGCGUAUCUUAAAGCCAUAGUUAUAUCAAUAUCUAAAUCUUUAUAUUAAUUUCC